UGUAGGCUUUAUCCACCCUAUGUAUGUCUGGUGGACUUUACUGGUUGCUUGAAAACUGAAAUACAUCUAUUUAAGAUUAUUUGUUUUAAAUACAUAUAUAUCAAACUAGAGGACCAGUUAAAAUUCUCUUGUUGAAAAGAUGGCUACUCCGGUAGGCGAAGAGGUUAAUCUAACCUCGUAUCAAGAUUCUAGCCUGCACUUUCAAGAUGAAGAAAAAAGCAGAACUGCUAUAAUGAUAGAUGACCAAAACAGCCUUAAUGCUUCACCACCCCCAUACUCCCAAGUACCAGGAACUGUGCCUAUUCAUCAAGGAAGAGGGUCAGGCCCACCACCCUCUUAUGAUGAAGUUGUCAACCCUAAUGCUCCUCCACCUACCUACCAGUCUUUGUUUGGUCAAGUUCGAGAAGCAAGGAAGAACUCAAAUGGAGUUUUGGACUUUAUUCGAAAGGUCAUAGUGCUGAUACUAGGAACACUUGGAUGCUCAGUGGUUAUUGGAAUUACUGUAGUAAUUCCAUUCUCAAUGAUCAUCAUCGGAUCAUCUUAUAUUGAUGCCUGUCCAGCAGAAAAUAAAAUUCCGAUAUACCUUAUUGUGGCUGGUGUGUUUGGGGUUUUGAAGAACAUCCUGAAUUUCUGGUCAAGGUGUAGAAGGACUGAUGAAGAAGACCAGCUUAAACAGAAUCCUCGAGAUACCAUUUUAAACUGUUUCCUUUUUGCAUGGUUUAUAGCAGGUUGUGUGUGGAUCUACAAAAUAUAUGAACCUGAAUAUGAUGAUGUAAGUAGCCCAUACUACUGCAACAAGACUGUCUAUUUAUUUUCCUUUUGGUUGGUGACAUCUGCCUACAUAAUCCUAGGCCUUUUAACAGGCUGUUUAUGCUGUUUAACAGUUUCAUCAGUCUUUUCUAGCCCUGAAUAAUUAAAGGAGCAGUCUCCCAUAAACCAUAAAAAAAUGCCAUCAGGAGUCCAUUGCUUACAAUACCAGAAGGACCUACUUGUGUAUUUUGCCUACUUUUGCCAGAUAGUACUUAUUCAUAGUUUCUAAGCAGUUUCAUGAUUUUUAUAAUUCUAGAAUUUGAAAGCUUUCACUAAGGUUCAUUAAAUUUAUAACUAUUGUAAAUAGCCUUCUAUGCACUAGUAAGUUUGAGAUUGUAAAUCUGUUGGAGCUAUGAAAACCAUCUAAUGCAGGAUACAUCCUUGCAACUGAGUGUAUUAUAAUCCAGUUACUGAAGAAAUCUCUUUUGAUAGAGAGAGGAUUUGUUAUUAGUGUAAGUCUUUUUGUUGAGCUUUUGUAUGAAAGUAAAUAUUGAAUUAAAGGAUAAGUUAUGCGCUGAGAAGUAAUAUUAUGAAAGUUACAACAUUCAGACCUUGUUGAGGCUCAUUAUAUGUGUGUGAUAUUGUAUGAGCAGGGGUAACCCUCAUGUGCUUAAAACUACCAAUUUGUAACUGGUAUAAUAAAUUUUGUAUAAAUCAGUAACUUUAAGAAGUUACUCAUUUCUUUAUUAUCAUGAAUAGUAAAUAGCUUUAUGUUCUAAAUACAUUUUCUUUGUGUUCCUGAUGUCUCAUGCCCAGGUUGCUAACUUCUAGAGUUUUGGAUUGAAUGGUAACUGGGAUAUUUCCAUUAAUACAAAACAAUAUAUUUGUGUAUUCUUUCAUCGUAAGUCUUAGUAUCUAAAUCAUUCUGUUAUGAAUACAUUAUAAUUUAUGUUACUUUAAGUGGUGGACUGAAACUUGGAGUAUGUCUGAAUAUAUGUUUUUGUUUCAGUGUUUAUAUGAUGUUUUAUCAGCUUGUUAAGAUAAUGUUUUUCAACAUUGAGACUUAAAAGGAAAUGGUUGUUGCUUGUUAAAAUAAUAACAUUUCAGGCUGAAAACCACAAUGAAAUUUUGAACUUCACUGUUAGCAUGAAAGUGUUGAUACUGUGUUUUUGUGUGGUUGUUUAACAGAACUAGUGAGUGAUACAUAAACCAGAAUACCAGUAUGAUUUUUUCAGAAGUUGAGUCACAACUGUUAGCACUUGAUUUCUAAGCUUUUCCAUGUGCAUCAGCUGCUCUCAAAAAGAAUUUUGUACCUUGUGUUAUACAGGGUCAUGUGAUUUCCUUCCAUCUAGAUUUAAUUUCACACACAAAAUUAGAUAGUUUUUUUUUUUUCUUUACAUAGUGAUUUCAAUUGACUUUAUUGUUAAGUUUGAAGAAAAUACUUAUUAAACAAUUACAUAUUUACAAAGUUCAGUAAAUGCACUUACUAGCUGAUUUUGAUCAGUUAAAAGACAUUUACAAAUUUUUGUAACCUUUCUGACUUUAAUAAGCAUUUUUAUUGAUUUUUAUUAUUGAAUGUUAGUACUGUUACUUUGCAUACAUUUUAGGUACUAAAGAUAAAUAUAUAACCUAUUAAAUAAAAAUGAUUAUCUGAAGUUAUGCUUUACAACCUAACUAAAUACAUCUUCAGUUGAAAGUAGUAUGAUUGAAAUUAAAACAACCUUAGCUAUGUAUAAUUAAUCUGCAACACAAAAAUGGUAUGUUUGAAAUUCAUUUAGAUGUAAGUAACUAAAAAUUCUAGAAGGUUUGAAAUGUGUUUUAAAAACCACAAUUUUCUGGUAUCCUUUGCUAAAGGAGAAACAACCUUUAUUAUGUAUAUAGACAUUGUUUAAACUACAUACUUAACACUGUCUGAUAUCCUAAAGUUUGUGUCUACUAUAUAUAUAUACACACACACACACAGCCAAAGAAAAAUAUCCUUGGAACUAUUUGUAUUUGUAGAAAUUUACUUCAGUUUAGAAUUCUGAUAACCAAAGAUAAAAUUAAUAUCAGAAAAGUAGUUCUUACUUCUAAGACUGAUACAUUUGUAAAUAUUUUGGGCACCUUGGACCCCAUGAAAAACAAAAGCUUCAUUACCAAACAUUUUACAUAGCAUGAAUGUUUUAACUGAUUGGUUAAACAUUUAGUGACAUAUACGUUGAACACAAUAUUCUUGAGUAUUUGUGACCCAAGUAUCAUUGAUACUAGAGGGUUUUUUAUAAAUAAUAAUUUUUUUUUUAGCAUGUACAUUUUUAUUAUCAUGAUAUCUAUUAAGUUGUAUGUUUGCUUCAUAAUACUGAUUUGAUCAUAAGUAGGAUACAACUUAAUUUGAUUGUUACAUGUAACUCUGGAAAAAUUAGCAACGUGUGUAAUUUUGUAUGUAAAUAUGUAGUGUUAUUGUGUGUUUUUUAUUAUGUCUAAUUAUAUCUCAACCCAUAAGCAAACUUACAGUUGUUAAUGAAAAGUUUUCCAUUCCAAAUAUCCUGAGAGAUUAUACUUUGUAUGAGUGCUAAUUGUGUUUUGAUAAUGCAUAUCUGUAUUAAAAAACUAAACUUCAUUGUUUAGUGGCAUUAGUUUGGCAAAUCUUUUAUCCAUUAUUACAGUCGUAUAUAAUAUUUGAUGCUUUAAUUAUUUUGGACAGUAGCAUGUCACGUAUGCUAGGAGUGGAAUUGGAUGUUCUCCCUUUUGACUAGUCAGUGUUUUAUAACUUAAGAUUGGUACAUAAUACUCAAUAAUUAACAUAAGUAAAGUCAAAGUGAUGCAUUUUUUUCAUAUUGUUUGAAUGUACUUUUUACCCCUUUAUUUUGCCUAUUGUGUCUAUAGUAUAGUAAAAAAAAUACUGAACAUUUUGGAAACCUACAAAAGUUAUUUUAAUACGUGUUAAGUUCUUAAUAUUUUACAGUAUUUUUUCAUUUUCUAUAAAUUAUUUGUUGAACUAAGAUUUUGAAACUUGUAACUAAAUUUUUUGUUUUUAUGAAAUUUUUUUUUACUGUGUCGAUCCAUUAAACUGAAGAAAGAGAACUGUUCAAUUUUGUGGUUUUAAAAUAUGACAUGAACCAACAUUAUAACAUAAGUACUGUGCCAGUCUAGUCAUAAUCCAUUAUAAGUGAAUGGUUUUUUGAGUUCCUCAUGUUUUCCAGACUGUGAAGCAUUGUUCUUAGAAAUAGUGAAGUAUUAUUUUUGCAAGAACUCGUAUGUCAAUAAGAAGAGAAGAAUAAAAUGAAUCUGAUCUGAAGGUUUAUAUCAUGUAAUUGCGACUAUGAAUAAAUGUGAGAGUAAUAUAUACUUUAAUUGAAAGGUCAGUUUAAUUAUUGAUUAAGGUGUCAAUUAUAUGUCUUGCAUAUUUAUUAUAAAAUAUUUUGAAUUUGGUUAAUAUCAAAAUAUUAAUUGUUAAUUUAGGAUAUCAUUUAUAUUUUAAGUUUUAAUUUAAUAAUUGUGCACUUGAGCAGCCAGAAAUUCACUGAUUAAAUUUGUUAUUGAAAGUUUUAUGGCAGUUAUAAUAAUAUUCUUAUGCAGUUCUGAUUAAAAAAAAACUAAUCAAUGCUUUCGUCCGAGAAAGUCAGUAUUUGGUUAAUUUUGGUAAAUAAAAUAAUUAUUUUAUUCACUGUUUAUUUAUCAAUAAAGCUAGGAUAUAUAUGGUAUUAACAACAAUAAUAUGUAUGUUUAAAGGAUAUCUCAUUUUUCUAUGUUCAAAACAAGACUUAAAAUAUUUAACUUUUUUGCUGGGAGAAAUUGCUAAUUUGGUUAAUUUUUGAAUGUUUUAAAUAUUUUACUGCAUUAUAUUUUUGUUGGAGUUUCCCAGAUAUUCUUUUGACAAAUCACUAAUUUAUAAUGAUUAAUGAAAAAUGUAAUUAUUGAAAUGUCAUACAUAUGCAAGAAGUUAUCUAAAUUCUGACUUCCUUACCUUUUGUGACUAAUAUAUUUACUAUCUUUUUUCCACAUGCAAAGUUAAAAGUACAUUCUUUGAUACAAGGUUGUUCUUUUGUGUGUUUUUCAAGUGUAUUAAUGUGACUAUUACAUCAAUAUAUUGUACAUGUUAAUUUACAAAUUAAUGAUAUAAUAGCAGAUGUAGAGAUUUUGGUCUAAAAGUGUAUGAAUUCAUGAUAUUUGUACAUCUUUAAGAAAUAAGCGCACAAGAAACUUUAUCAGCAUUUUUAUCGUAGUUUCAUUUUUCACAUGAAAGACCCAAAUAAAAUCAACUAAAAAAUACACAUCCACUAGAGAAAAUAUCUGUUAACAAACUGUUUAACUUUAUUUCCUGUAUAUAAAAGCAGAUAAUGUGAAAUGCUAAAUAGAUCACCUAAAAAUAGGAAAUCUGAAGAAAUGAUCAGAAUUUCUUAAAGUAAUAUCUUCUUUUCUAACAAGUAAAAAACAAAAAAAGAUGAAUUAUUAAAAUAUAUGACUCUUUAGAUAUUAAUGUGAUUUACUUUUUUACUAAACUAAUGUGACUCCAAUAAUAUAAACCAUGAUAAAGUCUAACUCCACAAUAAUGGUAUACCACCAAAGUUUCAACACUUUCACAUGUCCUCUUCAGUCCGUGCAUUUGGUGGUAUACCAUUAUUGUAAACUUAAGCUUUAUUUUAGGUUACUUUAUACAGUAUUGUGUAUUUAUGUACUACUAUAAACCUUACUCUUUCAAGAAACAUUUAAUAUUAAAGAUGCAACUCAAAAUUUAAAGCUAUGUUAAUUAAUUUUAAAAUACUCCCAGACUCCCAAGUACGUUUUUAUUUUUUCAAGUACACAGACAUUAAUUUCCUAUGUAAGAGUAUGCAACCAAGUUUCAAGAAGUGUUAACAAAUGCAAAUAUUAAAACAAGACUUCUAAAAUAUACAAAAGGGGCUGUUAGUCUGUCAAAAAGAGGUUUUAUAGAGCUUUUGGCAGUCAGCAAGGCACAGGAAAUGCAGAUCAGAAAAUAGCCUAUUAUUGGAAACUUAAAGAUACCAUGUCUAAUCUGAAUACACAAAUAUAUGUGACCUUCAUUAUAAGUAAUUUGAUAAGUUACUUUUAUUUUUCCAUAAAAUAUUUUGGUGCUCUGUUCAAAAACUUUUUUCAUGGGUCAAUUUUUGGCUCUUAAAUUAAUCUUUUGAAAGGUAAGUGUAUUUUGUGGGCUAAUGUCUUCACCUUGAAACAUGUAUACUGGCCCUUUAAUGCCAAAUGUAAGGCCAUUUUGUUUUAAUAGAUUUAAGCUGAUGCUGUAUACAAAGCUUCUUGUGUAGAGCAAUCAACACAUGUGUAAUAUUUACCACCAAAAGAUUGUGAAUUAUUGAUUUGAUCAGUCAAAAUACCUUAUUUAAAAGUAACAUAUUGUAACUCAUGAAAAUGUGCAGGUAAAAGUAAAAUGAAAAUAUUCCAUUGGAUUCCAAAAGAUGUAUAAACUUCACUACUUUAUAUCAAAGAGGUGAAUGGUUACAAAAUACUAAUACUUGGUUGUGUGAAUUUAAUGAAGCUCAAAGCUUUAGUACUAUUACAGCUAAUUUUAAUAUUUUUAUUAUUUUGUCUAGAUUAAAGUGUGUAGAUAUAAAUUCUUUAAAAGUAUGUCAAUUUGAGAAAUCUGGUUUAAGAGUUAAGUGCAAAUCUUUUGCAACCUUACAGGAAUAUAAAUACAUUUAUUAAUUUAUAUAUACAGCUUUGAAAUGUGUGCGUACUUAAAUUAGACAAUGAAGGGCCAAAAGUUCAAUCUUGAAAACAUUCCAUCCAGUCCAACUACAAAUUUGGCCAAAAAUGUUUACUACAGUUUAUACAUACAUGCUUAAAAAGUAAUGCUUCAGUUAUAUUUACCAACCACAUUUCAAAUCACCACAAAAAUGACUUUUGGAUCAAGGUGUUCUGCUUUGUUUCAAGAACACUAAAAUGUAAAAGAAGCUUGGUUCUGACCUCUAAGAAAAAUAAUAGCUUUACAUUAUUUAUUUUGGAUUAGCUGUUAUCAAAGUGAUAUCAAGUGCCCUAUAAAUAUAAAAUGUAAAGUUAUAUAUGCUGCAAACAAACCUCAUAUUGUUAGGCCAGAUAGAUUUCACUUUAUACAUCUUUGAUCAUUGCAUACACCUGCUAUUUAAAAAAUAUGUUCAUUAUAGUAAAGAAGCUUUUACUACGCUCAAAUGAACACUUCUAACUUGAGUAUACAUGAAUUUUUUUCUAAAAAGAAAAAAGUUGUAAAUUUACAUAUUUACAACGAUAAAAUCUGAGGUUCAGUUCUCUGUUAUGAACACACCACAGAUAGUCCAUUGUGCAGUUAUGUGCUAAAAAAAAGCAACCCAUCACAGUUAGUAUUUUAUGGAUUUUCCAUCAGCUACUGCAUUUGCUAAACUUGAAACACUGUAAUGCUGAUAUAUUUUACUGUACAUUUAAAACUAGUCCUAAUCAUGUGAAAGUAUCUGGACAUCUUCUUAUUAGGCUUGUUCCAUAAUAUUCUCUUAACUUGCUGAAAGGUCAGGUUUAUUAUAACCAUUAUCUUUGAGGAAAGAUAAUAUUAUUUUUUUAUAAUAUAUACUAAUACUAACUUAAUAGAAGAAAGUGCAUAAUAACAUUGCUAAAUACUUAAGUGGCAUGCUUUAUUAAAAUAGAAAAGGCUAUCAUUAAAAAAUUAACUUAAUAUAAGGAAAGAGUAAAUGACUUAUAAGACAAGAAGAGGUAUCGUGUUCUUAGUAUAAACAGUUGCAGUUAAAUACAGUAUCAAUUCCACAAUCUGCUGUCAUAAAAAUACUCUGGAAUCUGAAUUCGCUUACUGUAAUUCUACCUUGUAGCUUUUUACACCAAGAUAAUUGAUCCUUUGUGUUAGUUGGCUUUGACUAAUAGAAUUGGCCAGUCCUGUAUAUGUAAGUCUUGACAUUUUUUAUU